UCGACAUGCAUCAGUACUAUACACAACCUUAUUAUAAUCACACCUAGUUCAUUUUCUAAAACGUAAAUUUUGAUUUUAUAUUAAGUCACUAUGAAUUGUAAAUGUUUACUUAUUGCAUUUGGACUAUUUUUUACAAAAACACUUGCUGACAGCCUUUCGUCUGAAUUAAAACCACACGAGCUAGAUGACUAUGACGUGACAACAAUUUAUAAACUACGAGUCAACGGUUCCGUUAAAUGUUCGAGGCCGGAUAAAUUGUUGGAUGGUGUCGUUCUACCCUCGGAUUGUUAUUAUGUCGUAAUAAAUUCAAGAACAAAUAGUAUUGGUAUGCCAAUACACUAUAACGGAAGAGUGUUAAGUUUAAAAAAAAAUGAUCUUGAAUACAUAGUAGACGAGUAUUAUUCUAACGAUUUUUUGACAAAAAAUUACGUGGAAUACGAUAGUAAAAAUGUAGAUUUACGCCGAAUGGACAGAGGAUUUAGACCGAUUAAAGAAUAUCUUAAUGGCGGUGAACAAAGAAUACAUCCUGCAGGCGGUAUAAUCAUGAAUUCAUACUAUGAUACAUUAUUUUAUUUAAAAAUCAGUUGGACACCUUCUAAAACAAUUAAAGGAUGUAUAGCACUGACAUAUUAUAUAGAUGGCAAUGACCAAGAUGCAAACGUGAAAAUAUUUAAAAAAGACAAUAAUAUUCCAAUGGUGUCAUAUAAAAUCAAUACAUCGAGUGGUUUGAAUACAGUAGUACUACGUACAAAUGAUGUUUUUGUAAAAAAUAAAACGUAUAUUUUAAAUAUUACUAGUUCACCUACUCUUGUUUAUAAAAUAUUUGGAAUUAAAAGAAUAGCUCAAUGCAGUAGUAAGUAAAUGAUAAACCUACUUAAUAAAUUUGUACAAAAUUAAU